GAGGCCCAGGACAGAGAGGUCGGAUUUGGAAUGGGAGGGGGAGUUGAAGUGCUGAGCCACCGGGAGAUCAGGUUGGUUAUUGCGAACCGAGCGGAGGUGUUGGGCGAAGCGAUCGCCAAGCCUACACUUGGUCUCACCGAUGUAGAGCAGCUGACACCUAGAGCAGUGGAUGCAAUAGAUGAGGUUGGAGGAGAUGCAGGUGAACCUCUGCAAUAUUUCUUGGUGAACAUAAUUAUAAAUGUUUAUGCCUUAUGGUGUGCAAUCUUAUACUGGGCCCACCGUCAAUGACGUGUUCUUGGGGACAAAUACCUGCAGUUGGCGGCUUAACUACCCCUCACUAUUCAUGACAGACACAAAGUGCUGGAGUAACUGAGCAGGUCAGGCAGCAUCCUUGGAGAACAUGGGCAGGUGAUGCCUGAUGCUGCCUGACCCGCUGAGUUACUCCAGCAUUUUCUGUCUUUCCCUGUUAAACCAGAAUCUGCAGUUCCUUGUUUCACCAUUCAUGACGGGGCGCGGUAAAGGCCCUGUCCCACUGUACGAGUUCAUUCAAGAGCUCUCCCGAGUUUUAAAAAAAAAAUCAAACUCGUGGUAAGCAUGUAGAAUGUACGUAGCGGGUACGUCGGAGCUCGGGACGUCUCUUAGCGGCUUGUAACGCUAACGGCAGGUACUCGGGUAACGGGGUAAGCUCUUGAAGAUUCAGAUUCAGAUUCAGAUUCAGAUUCAAUUUUAAUUGUCAUUGUCAGUGUACAGUACAGAGACAACAAAAUGCAUUUAGCAUCUCCCUGGAAGAGCGACAUAGCAAAUGAUUUGAAUAAAUAAUAAUAAGUGUCCGGGGGGGGUGGUGAUUGGCAGUCACCGAGGUACGUUGUUGAGUAGAGACUCGUGAAGAUUUUUCAACAUGAGCGGCUAGCACCGUAAUUCUCCGAGUUCGAAUCAGGGGAAACUCGGUAGAAGUCUUGAAUUAGCUUGUACAGUGGGACAGGCCCUUAAGACUGCAGGGCUUUGUUCUGCAUCUGAAGAUUGGUCUGGACCCGAAGUGUCUGUCACCCAUCAUUCCUUCUCUCCAGAGAUGCUCCAGCAUCUUGUGUCCAUCUUUGCCCUGCUCUGUGAGUUGAGGGAUUGCUCAGGCCCUUGCUCUGCCCUGCCGUGUUUAUUCUUUGCAAAUGUGUAACCUUUCAGCGACCAGGCACAUCCAGUGCUCCUCAUUGAACCUGGCCUGAUCACCAGGCCUGAUAGUAAUGGUGGAGUCAGGAUUGUGCCCCGCUACUGUCCACAGACUGUGGAAGACAUCCAGGGAAAGGGGUUCCCAAUUAGCAGAGGGAUAUGCCCUUCCCCUCAUGCCCUGCCAUGUAUAUGAUUCCACGGCACUGCCAGCUUUAUUGGGUUGACGUUAGAUGGCCCAGCCUGCUGUUAAGUUGCUUGCUCUGCUGUUUAAGCUGAGUCUUGGCAUGGGUAUAUCAUACCUACCUUUGAACAGGGGCUGUUCUUUGUUUGCAGUGUGAUAAGUCCAGACGGUCGUGCUGACCAGGGCUGGAUUAAACAAACCUCAUCCAUGCACUAGUGUGCCUCUGUCUUUUUGGUGCUGGGCAUGACACAGACACGGAUGUCCAUUUUAACGGCUCAUGUCUGUGUUCUGAAGCAUUCUCAAUAGGAGUUUCCAGAAAAUUGGCUGUGAUGUAUCGCAGAAUCCCGACCUUCUGUAAAUCCAGACUGGUGUUUCUGUUUUUGAUUCUGACCAGCCUGAUUCUGCACGUCCUGAUCGCCCUGCUGCCGGCUCAGGAGGUGUACGUCAACGUAUGCGCCCGCGACACGCAGCACGAAGAUCACGCGGGCCCCGCGCUCCCAAAGCAGCCGGCGUUGAAAGGCAGGACGCCGAAGAAGAACAGGGAUCUACAGAACGUUGCCGGCAGCGAUACCCGGAGCCGUGCGUCCCAAUCCCUGGAAAAGGCGCGGCGCUCUUCGAGUGCCAGUGGGCAGCCGUUCACCAGCCAGUGGUCCUCAAAGUCGGGCACCGGGCCCGACAGUAACCUGCAGAGGGACGGCUACAGGCUGAACACGUCCAAGCUGGCAGCAUUAUUUCAGCACCCGCUCUACAAAACCCCUCCUCCCCUUCUCACACCGGACGACCAACUCUUCUCAGUAAACUCAGCAGAGAGGUUCACCGCCAGGAGCAGCGACAGCGACGGAUGGGUCAGCCAUGAGCAGGAGUAUGUCGUUCCAGAUGGUGAUUCUCCGGCAGAUACAUACCCCAACUGGCUGAAGUUCUACAUUGGAAUUAACCGAUAUGAGCUCUAUGCACAGAACAGCAGCCUCCUAGCUUCCUUGCUGAACGAGCUUGCAACCUUGAAGAUCGUCCGUGUCGUUCAGAAACUCGGUGGGACCCAGUUGAAGCUGACGAUGACGUUGAACAACUUUGGCAAGGCCUUGUUUAAACCAUUAAAACAGACCCGGGAAGAGGAAACGUCCCCAGAUCUCUUCUACUUCUCUGAUUUUGAGAGGCACAAUGCCGAGAUCGCGGCCUUCCACUUGGAUCGAAUUUUAGGUUUCCGCCGGAUCCCCCCAGUCGCAGGCCGCCGAGUCAACGUGGUGAAGGACAUCCGAGACUUGACCACGGAUAGUCGCCUCGAGCGGACAUUCUUCGUCUCACCAGUGAAGAAUGUUUGUUUCUACGGAGACUGCUCGUACUACUGUGACAUGGAGCACCCCCUCUGUGGGAAGCCUGAGUUGAUGGAGGGCUCCAUGGCUGCCUACUUGCCUGACGUUACUCUCGCCAAGCGCCUGUCCUGGAGGAAUCCUUGGAAACGGUCGUACCACAAGAGCAAGAAAGCCAAGUGGGAAGUGAACCCCCGAUACUGUGAGAAGGUUAAAAAGAUGGCACCGUACAACACCGGAACCCGUCUGGUUGACCUGAUGGACAUGACCAUCCUGGACUUCCUGAUGGGUAACCUGGACCGGCAUCACUAUGAAACAUUCCAGAAGUUUGGUAAUGACACCUUCCUCCUUCACUUAGAUAAUGGCCGAGGGUUUGGAAGGCACUCUCGGGACGAGGUCUCUAUCCUGGCGCCUCUCCAACAGUGCUGCAGGAUCCGGAGAAGCACCUUCCUCCGGCUGCAGCUUCUGGCCAGCGAUGCCUACAGGCUGAGCGAUGUGAUGCGGGAAUCGCUGCGGGCUGACCCGCUCUCUCCCAUCCUGGCCGAGCCUCACCUGGCCGCCCUCAACCGCAGGCUGCUCACCGUCCUGCAGACCACCGCACACUGCAUCAAGCAACACGGUGAACACAGCGUGCUGCAGAACGACAUGAAACCCUGGCCAGCGGCUCAGCAGUGAGCAGGGAGGAUCAGUCCAGUGGUCUGUGCUAGCAGGCCCCGGGCAAGACGGCCAUAAGCAGCAACCUUCAAGUUAUAAAUGCUCCAUGCACUCAAGCUUUGUAAAGACCCUGCGAGUGAUUUGAGGAUGAGCUAUGGUUUUUAUCUGUUUAAAUAAAGGUUUCCUUUGCUGUUUCAUCGCCUGAUGUGAUAUUCUUGCAGCAAUGUUGCUUAACAUGAAUACCUGCACUACAUCCACAACUAGAGCAGUCAUGAACUACGAUCUACCUCAUUGGUGACCCUCGGACUAUCCUUGAUCAGACUGUGCUGGCUUUACCUUGCACUAAACAUUAUUCCCUUAUCAUGUAAUCUAUACACUGUAAAUGGCUCGAUUGUAAUCAUGUAUUGUCUUUCUGCUGACUGGAUAGCACGCAACAAAGUCUUUUCACCAAAGAUCCUAUAGCGGAGCAAGAUAGACCACUCUUUCUAAAUGCAAUGGGCUGACGUGUAGUACGCAACGGAGCGGAACGUGGGCCUUUUUUUCAUCCAUUUCAGUAACCCGACCCGACCCGACCCGACUCGCAGUGUAAUCAACGUUGUGGGGGAACAGUUUGUGUUAAUAAAUUAUAAUUCUGAAAAUGAGGAGAAGAUUUUUACCAAAGAACUUUUAUUUUUACGAGGAUGUUUCCGUAACCGGCUUCCGUCUCCGCGCUAGUAUCUUUGCUCCGCUACGGGAUCUUUGGUGCGGAGACGGAAGCCGGUUACGGAAAUGGGGCUGAAAAUUACCCAUGAAUCUGCCCAUGACCGUACUACGUCUUUUUCGUCGAGUGGACCAUCUUGCUCGCUGUAGGAUCUUUGCUUUUCACUGUACCUCGGCACACGUGACAAUAAACUAAAGUAAACUAAACUAAACCACAUCCCAUCUUCGGAUUGUUAGACCCUGCCAUUUUGGUUCCCAUUCCCCUCCCCACACUUCACUGUUGCAAGACAGCGUUGUCAACAGCGCAGUGCUGAGCGCUGCGGUAUGGAGGUUUGAGUAAGAGGAUGCUGCAUUGUCAGAAUUGCAACAUAGUGAGGUAGCUGUGUGAAUAACAACAUAUCCUAUUGCACUCAGUAGGGCGUUACUGCGAGCGCAUUACAUCAUUGGAAUUGCAACAAUUGAAAAGAGGAUCAAUGAGACUGUGUGAGAUGCCAGCAGCAAUAGAAUAGUAUUCUGUCACAAUCUGUAAUCCCCUGGAUCUGUAGGGGGCCUGUCCCACUUACGCGAUCUUUUGCCGGCACCUGUUAAUAGUCGCAGCGGCGACCCC